UAACAGGAAAUAGUAUUAAAAUAUUAAUUUGGGUACGACAUGUUGGCCUAUAUUUCACAAAUCACAGUAAGUCAUUCCGUUGAAACUUUGCUGAUUGAUGUGUUGUAAGCCUGUUGCUGCGACAAGAUGGUCUUUGCUGCUUAUUGGACAUUUCUGUUCGUUUCUGUGAUUCUCCGCUGUCAAUUGAACCAAGCACAAACGACAUCGAUUUGGUGGUAUUCACAGUCUGAUUUUAGUUGCGACUUCGAAAGAACUUGCUACUAUAAUGACAUAUCGCAAGAUCGCAAUGAUGAUUUUGAUUGGUCAAGGAGCUACUACAGUCCACCUGUAUGGAGAGGUAGAGGUUAUAACAUGUACAUUUCUGAACAAAACAAACGUCCUGGACAGGUCGCCCGCUUUAAAACUCCAGUAAUCUCACCGCCACGGGGGUCAUCUUACUGCAUACAAUUUUCUUACAUUUUAAUGGGACCAUAUGUCGGUCAGCUUGAGGUGAUUACAGAGAACGAGUCACAUGGUGUCAGUGACCCCAUUUGGAUUUCAUCAGGAUUACAAGGACCUUACUGGAACACAGAAUAUAUUGACUAUCAACCAACAAAUUCAUUUAGGGUCAUAUUCAAGGCCACUGUUGGAUCGAUUCCGUUUAAUUCCUACAUUGGUAUAGACAAUUUGGAAGUCUACGGUGGAGAGUGUCAAUCGACACCGCUUCCAUCUCAGUCGCCAAUCUUAUCAGAAUUAGAUUGUGAUUUUGAGUCAAAUUCUGAUCUUUGUGGGUUUACAUCGAUGGAACAAUCUAGAUGGAGACAUGCGGGAGCUGGAUCAUAUUCUUACAGUUAUCUACCGAAUGAGGAUCACACUUUGAAUUUAGGAAGUGGUCACUACAUAUUUUCCUCUUAUGACGAAGCUGUGUUGUAUUCACCAUUAUUGACGUCAUCAGGUUCUGAAACUUGUUUUUCCUUCUGGUAUUACCUUCAACCUAGAAGUAACGGAGAAUUAUUGAUAUACCUACAAUCUUUCAACGGACACAUUGGAGACCCUCUAGCAGUGACCUCCUCACCUGGACAUGGCGCCGGACAAUGGCAGUUACAAAAUGUUCCCCUUCGUGCAACCGUACCAGCUACAUUUUACAUUGUAUUAAUUUUUAGCAGAAAAUAUUAUACUGGAAUUGGAAUUGAUGAUUUUCUCUACAAACAUACUCCUUGUAGCUGGUGGCCAUUACAAGCGACUAUUGGUAAUUGUAACUUUGAACAGUCUUUGGAUGAGUGUGGUUACAUUCAAGGAGGAACCAAUGAAGAUGAUUUUGAUUGGAACUUAGCAGAAGGGCCAAUUACAAUGGCUGAUGGAACACGGCCAAAUGCUGAUCAUUCUUUUGGGAAUUCAUCUGGUCAUUACAUGUAUAUUCAGUCAUCUUUUCCGGUUGCCGGGAAUACAGCAAAACUUUUCACUCCAAAGCUUACAUCAACGAAAAACCCAAGAUGUCUGACAUUUUGGUAUUAUAUUGAUCAAGAUGUCGGUAAAUUGGAGGUGUAUCUGGAAAUUUUAGAUGCCGUUGAUAAGAUCUGGUACAGUAAAACACCUACGGAAAACCAAUGGAAAUUAGCCAAAGUGGACAUUGUACCAAUAAGCUCCGACUUCACAAUACUGUUUCAAGCGACAGUUGGAGAAAGUUAUUACAGAGGUGCUAUCGCCAUUGAUGACAUUAUGCUUGAUGACUGUGAAUCUGUUGUCAAUCAUAUUGCAACAUUUUCAUGCGAUUUCGAGAAUGACAUUGCUGGGUGUGGUCUGUUCCAGAGAUAUGACGACGACUUAGAUUGGCUUUAUUUCAAUAACUAUGGUGUCCAUGGACUAUCGGAUUCUUCUACCUACAUGUAUGUUGAAGGUGGUGAAGAAGACAAAGCAUGUAUUCAAACACCACCCAUUAACUACAAUGGAAGUAUCAGUGUCGGCUUUAGCGUUCAUAUGAACUUCGACCCACAGCUAAACUUGCGGGUUUUUAUUCAAGAAGAAUGGAAUUACAAUAAAAAGAAACUGAUUUGGGAAAAAAAUGGAAUUACACAAGGAUGGGAACAGGUUAACGUAAUGAAAGUGAACCAGUCAAUGACAAUGUUUGCGAUCUUAUUUGAAGCAGUACUUGGACCAUCAAGUUUAGGAGUAAUUGCUGUUGAUGACAUCAACAUAUAUCCGGAUAACACAUCAUUGAAAGAUGACAGAAAAUCGAAUUCCAUCAUUAUUACCGCAACAGUGGUGCCUUUGGUUGUCAUUUUUGCAAUUGCUAUACUUUUAGUCAUAUUCAGAAAGCCAUGGAUGAACAAGCCAAAAGAUGGUCCAAGAACAACCUCUACAAAAAAUGUCGACUCUGACGCUUACACAAAUUAUGAGGAAGAUGUAUAUGAGAAUGCUUAUACCUCACCUUUGUAGACAUGAAGAUGUAAAAGCUUAAGCAGCAAAUUGUACCAUUUAUUAAGUAUUUAACUAUAUAGGUCUAAAUAUUAUCUUCAAAACAUGUGAAAAUAGACAUUGAAUAGACAAUAGCUAAUAAAUGGUAGGUCCGCAAUUGUUGUUUGAUUUGAAUUAAGAGCUACUGUGUUGUACUUCUUUUUUAUUAACAUGAAUGUACAAUUGGUGAAGGAAGCAAAAUGUAAAAUAAUCUUAGAAGAUAGAUAUUUUCAACACAAAUUGCUACGUUUGGUGAGUAUGGCGUAGCAGUACAAGUACAGUAUGUGCAAAAGGCAGUGUAUAAAUUCAUACAUAUUACUGACCAGUAGCAGUGUUGUAGUAAAAAACGUAAUUUUAUGUACUUCAUAUUAUA